UGAUUCUUUCUCACAGCUCUCUGUUGUGCCAGAAGAGACAGUAUGGCAUCUGCAGAACUUCAGAUCUUGGGCAUCAUUUUGGCAGUGAUUGGCUUUUCUGGAGACAUAAUUACAUGUGCUUUGCCAUUGUGGAAGGUGUCUGCUUUCAUUGGAAACAACAUUGUGACAGCACAAGUUUUCUGGGAGGGUCUCUGGAUGAACUGUGUAAUGCAGAGCACUGGCCAGAUGCAGUGCAAGGUCUACGAUUCCAUGCUCGCUCUUCCUCAAGACCUGCAGGCAGCCCGUGCUCUGGUUGUGAUCUCCAUCUUGGUCACCCUAAUGGGACUCCUGCUUGCCAUCGCAGGCGGAAAGUGCACCAACUGCAUUGAAGAGGAGACUGCCAAGAGUAAGGUGGCCAUUGCUGCGGGGGUGGUGUUCAUUGUUGGUGGCAUCCUGUGCCUCAUCCCUGUAUCCUGGUCUGCUAAUGAGGUCAUCAGGAACUUCUACAACCCAAUCAUGUCUGACGGACAGAGGAGAGAGCUUGGAGCAUCGCUGUUCAUUGGCUGGGCUUCAUCUGGACUCCUGAUCAUUGGAGGUGCACUCCUUUGUUGUCAGUGCAAGCAGCCUAAAGAUGGUGGCUACUCUGUCAAAUACUCUGCUCCACGCACUGCAACAGGUGGUGGAGCAUAUGUUUAAAUGUCUGCAAGAGGUUGGAACGGCUGUAGACUGUCACCCUCAAGAGAAAUGGACUAGGCUGUUUUUAUGGACUAAAUAUUUAGGUGCUUUUACUUUACUUUUGAUUUAAUAAAACUCUAUUCACUAACUUGA